AUGGACUCAAGGACGAUGAAGCCCCGGUACACGCAGGAAGAAAAAGAGCAGCUACUGGCGAACUUGGAGAUAGAGGUUGCGCACCGGACAAGUCAGUUUCAGGCGUGGCUGGAGGAUGCGCUGGAGAACUUCAACAUCCACCAAGAAGGUCAUGUCAUAAGAAUUCCGAAGCUUGUUAGAGGAAUGAAGAUGCGUGACUUUGGUGCCAAAUACAACGGCAAUGUCCAGGCGGCAUUGAAGGGGAUCCAGAGGCAGCGAUUAGAGGCAGCUGCCGUCGAGAACGGUGGCGGCGGGCUAAGUGAGACCAUCAAGAAGCGGAAAUGGGCGGCCAACCAGGAAGCGAUAGAAACUGCAGCAUCUACGAGUAACCAGGGUGAGCCAUCGAGGGCUAUGAAGACGGCUCGCCUCAUGCCGCCCUCACCGAGUAAGCCUGUGGCUCAAAGGCAGAGCAGCGUGCAACCAUUGCGAACACAUCCUUUGCCCAAAACCCCGAAGAUGGUUCGGUCCUCAAAGCGUGUUGAUGCUUCCCCGAGUCCGUCCAAGCCCAAGCCCCCUUUCAUCAGCUCUGGUUUCUCUCGAGUCCCUUCAUCUCGCCCAGCCUCCCCGGUCAAGACAGGCAAACCACUGCCUUCGUCUCGCGUUCCGUCCGUUCCAACAUUUAAUCCCUCUCUCCUUUCCAAAGGACCUGCGUAUCCGGGGCUUCCAGCACGCCUACCUCGUAAAGAUGAAAGCAUGCUGAGUGUCAACGGCUCACCGCUCGCAAAUCCUUACGAGUUUGGCAUGGGGUGGUUUAAAGGUAGUGAUCCAAAGCCUGCGACCGGCGGGAACCCCGAGAGAACGCUUAGAAAAGCAAACAGCAUUAUCAUCCGUCGAGACACGUCCGGCAGCAGUUUCCAUUCCAGGACGGAUUCCCAAGCAAGCCUGUUUACUUCGGCAGCGUCAUCAUCAUCACACUCACGGACGAGUUCAGAGUCUGUUCAUGAUCAUCAACCGUCUCACUUCUCGAAUAAACCGCCGGCUGUGUUGCCUGCCGCCGUGUUCGAUAACCUCACUACGCCCAAACCUAUCCGCUCACUUCCCUCAGCGACAGUGGCGCUAACUACGAAGGAUGGGCACGUUCUCGAAAUCGAUCCCUUGCAAGCUUCUCCCGGGACCAUUGACGCUUUAGAGGGCAUUACUGAUAGUGCUAAAAAGCAGGCCCGAGACGACAUGGUUCGCUUAGUUCAAGCCGCGGUCGACAAGUGGAAAAUAUAA